GAUGGUACAUUUUGUUACCACCAUCACAUUCAUUUAUAGUGUGGAGACAUCUUAAACUUCGCAGUAAUUAGGGUUAAGCGUCGAUCAGAAAUCCACAGCACCGUCAAGGCUCGCAAUCAUGAAUCCAGCGUUGGGAUUUCAAUCUGCGUUUUCCAAUGUCAAGGCCAUCCCAAUGCUAAACGGUUCAAACUUUUCUGAAUGGAAAGAACAUCUGUUGCUUGUUCUUGCCCUCAUGGAUCUUGACAUCUCGCUAAGGGAAGGGCGUCCAGAUGCUUCUAAGAUUAUCGAUAAAACCGAGCAUUGGGACCGUUCAAACCGCAUGAGCAUGAUGAUAAUGAGAAUCCGGAUCCCUCAAAAACUCAGAGGCGUUGUCCCUGAGGACGUUACAACAGCCAAAGAAUAUCUAGCUUCGGUCGAAAAAUGCUAUCCGGAAAACUACAAGUCAGAGGUAGCUAUGGUCUCAGCCGAGUUUUUCUCGUUGAGGAAGAAAGCAAAUGAGAGUGUUAGAGAGUAUAUUAUGAAGAAGAUGAGCGUUGCAGCUAAGAUGAAGAAACUCGGGAUGCAUAUUCCCGAUGAUGUAGUGGCUAGUAUGUUGCUCGAUAGUCUGCCCUCGGAGUAUGAUCCUCUUAAAGGGAUUAAUAGGUUUCGAACAAAGAAAUGGUCGACUCAUGAGCUCAUAUAUUUCUGUGUGCAACAUGAAGAGAGUUUGAAGCUGGACAAGAUGAAAAUACGAGAUGAUGCUGCUGGUCAAGCCCUUUGUGGUACGAAAAGAAAGAACUUUGACGGUUGAUUGAUUGGUUAAAUUCAAGAGUAGAAUAAAAGAGAUGUGCUUUAGAUGCAAUGUGUGGAGUUUUUUUUUGUUGUUGUUUUUGAGUUCCUACUUUUGCUUCUUUAAACAUACAAUAAUGCU